AACAAUUCCAGUUGUUAUCUUGCCAGAAGCCUACGAAUAUUGGAAAUUUAUAUACCUACAUAUAGCUUUUAGUAGGGCCAUUUAUUUGCUGCCUGCUCUGUAUAACGACGUCGCGGACAAUGCAUCUAACAUGGGCAACAGCUUUCCAACUGAUCCAAAACUGGAGGAUGCAGAGGAUCAUGCAUUUUUGAGUGUUUACACUUAUGUGAUUCCAUUUGUCGCCGGAUUUGUUAUUUUGAUUAAUUUCAGUGUUGUUGUUUCGAGUGGAUUACUUAUUAAAAAACGUGUAGAACCCAGAUACACAUAUCUCUUUCUCGGAAAUGUGGCCCUGACCGAUUUUAUAACAGGAAUUUCAAUUUUGUUUGGACAACUAUAUCCACCUCUUUACAGGGACCACACAAUAUGCUCUAUUCAAAUUGGUCUAAUUGUAUCCAGCACAGUAUCUUCAAUAUAUUCUGUAGGACUACUAGCCAUAGACAGAUUUUUAUACAUUGUCUACGGAAUCAAAUAUUGUAAAUGGAUUAGUAUUUGCCGAGUACGGUUGGCAAUUGGUUUCACUUGGACAAUGGCAAUAACUAUUGGAUUUCUGCCACUAAUGGGUUGGUCUGGUAAUUCCUAUGGUGGAAGAGUAUGUUGGUUCAUAACAAUAGCACCUGCUCCACUAAUCAUCAUAACAGUUUCCAUUGGAAUAAUUCCAGUUAUCGUGGUCAUAGUAUUAUAUUCCAUAAUACUUUACCAUGCUCUGGCUAAUAUCAGAAAAAUUCAAUACUCCCUUUACACUAUCAAUUCAAUAUCCGAAAAAAUUGAUUCAAUGGAAAGCUUGAGAAUGUUCAAAGGCCGCAUCGAGUUGCCAAUGACAAAAACCGCUCCGAGAAGGAAACUCUCUCAAAACCAAGCACCACACAAAUGGAAAGCAAUCAAAGUAGUUCUAUUUACAACAUUCAGUUUUCUAAUAACGUGGACUCCAUAUUUUUUCGCCUGUGUAAUUUAUGUAGUUGAAGAUUGUGACUACAAAGAUCCAACAGAAUUUUGUAGGACAUUGAGAUUGCUUAUAGCCAGUCCGUUGACUAUAUUAGGUUUAACAAAUAGCUUAAUCAAUCCUUUAAUAUACGCUUGGUGGCAUAAUGGGUUUAGAACUUACAUGAGGACUAGGAUAAAAAUGUGUCUUAGCUAAUAGUGUUCUGACUUACCUAAAUUGCAAAUUAUAAAUGAAAAAAUAAGUAUGUAUCUCUAUGAUACAUUUUAUCACAGGAGAUCUCUAGUUGAAAUGGUUCAAGUCUCAACUCAUGAACAAACAAUUUUUGAUCUACUGAAAGCUGAAUUCUAUGAUUUUAGAAGUUUUUAGGGUAUCAAAUAUAUAAUAUC